UAUAUAUACAUGGACUGCUAUCUCCUAUUGUUGUUGAAUGGGAAUCGUGAAGCCAAAGCAAUAGAGGUACUAGAUCGGGACAUGGGCUCUGAGCAUGCGCGAGAUUUCGUUGCAACGAGCGUAGCGGUGUAGCGGUUGUUGGAACGUAGGAGGGUGUUCGUCGCUCCGUGGUUCACCGUGAUUGGAAGGUGCGAGGGUGGGUGGGAUUCCUGCGCGCGCAUGAAAAUUCCCGAUGCUCCCGAUCUAGUACCUCUAUUACUUCGGCUUCAUCGGCAACAAUGAAGAUAGUAGUCCAUGUAUAUAUAGUCAAAGUUUCAGAUUGAACAAAACAACACCGAAUCCGACGAUUAGAAAAAUAUGCAGUCAACUUCAACUUCUAGAAACGUUUCAACCAUGGGAUCAGGUAAUGCAUACACGCCGGCAGUUCCAGCCCAAAUCCGAUACAUCACCCAAUGGUUUCAAGAAUGGGGCGAUAUGCAACGUAGCGACUUCUUGCCUGUUUUAUUCGAAGAAUUUCAUCGUAAAACUGAUAUCAACGGUUUAGCAGCCAGUUUGGACGCGUCAAAUUUAAAAGAUCGUCCACCGAGCAUCUUCCAAUGCCGGAUCAAGCUAUUCAAAGAAUGGUGUGAAAAUUGGAACUUAUCCGAGAAAGAACAGCUAAUCGUUGAACUUCGAUCAAUCGAUCAAGAUUUCGUAACUAAAUUCGAAGAAAAGGUCAAAGGUGGCGAUGAUUCUAAACCCGACGAUGUAAUCUUGACCAACGGUACAGCUGAGGCAAUGUCAGCGUAAUUUUAAUUCCUUAUUGGCCUUACGUAUUUAUGACUUUCAUGAAUUAGAAUUUUUCAGUGACUAAAAAAGCUCCCUGUAAUGGCUUAGCAAUCAUUGAUCUCGGUUACAUUCCAUUACAAUUAUUUUCAUUUUCAUGUCGGUCAUUCCUUAAACUCUUCCUCUCUAAUACAACUUCGAACAACUUUAACAGGUGCCAUUCUAGCAGAUGUGUAAAAAAAUGGAACAGUCUUCAGCUGUAUCGAUUCGAUGUUCUGCAUCUGCUACACAUCACAUCAUUGGUUUUUUUUUUGUAUAUUAUAAAAUUGAUUAUUUUUGCCUAAUUUAUUGUAAUAAUUACGUAGAAUAAGGUUUGAUAUUAUUUAUACAAUUAUUGUGAAGAGAUAACGAUUACGAGUUAUCUAUUCAAUUUCGUUGUUCAUGUUCCUUUAAAUCUAUUUGGUAAACGAACGCACAAUCAACUUCGAAUUGCUAUCAUCUAGCGAGUUGACCUCGAGGUUUUCUUGGUGAACCGAUACUAAUAAAUGUUAUAUGUAAUUAAAUGAUUUAUAAACAUAUUAUAUAGAUGAAUUGAAAUUGACCCACCUUCGAUGAUCCAUGAAGUUUUACUUUAUGCUCUUUCGCUUGGAAAUUUUUUGUUUACUUGUUCCAUUUUAUAUAUGAUUGUUAUGUAUUUUUUAUGAUUAUUUAUAUUUUCGUAUUUUCAUAUUUUGUAAGGUACAGAACCCCUUUUCGGUGAACAAUUUUUGUUUUCAAGUUAUAAAAAUUAUAAUAAUGUUGUAAUGAGAUUUUAAAUCUAAAUAGAUAAUGCUUUAUAUGAA